AUGGAUUAAUUUAUAGCAUAAUUUAGUGAUAAAAAAAGUGGAAUAGAUAUAAGGAAUGAUGUGGCAAAUAAGUAAUAUAAGAAUAAAAAUAUUAAAGCAAAGACAUGACUAUAUUAAUUUAAGCAAUGCGUAAAAUAAUGAGGGAAAAGAAUCCACCUAAAGAAUGUUUAUAUGGCUUGAAAGUGGUCAAGGAUUGUAUUGAAAUGUUUAACAAUAAAUUUAAAAAUUAAGUCAAAAAUGAAUUGAUUGAACUCAUAUAUGAAGUAGCUAUUUACAGGAUUCAAGUUAACGAUGAUUUAAGAGGGAAUACAUAUUUCGAAAAUCCAGAUGAUGAAAAAUCGAUCAAAUAAUUUGGAGCCAGUUAUAUACGAUUAGCAUUAGAUUGUAUCAGAGUAUGGUCUCUUUGGUUUCCUGACUUCAAAAUUUAUGGAGAGAGAUUAGAAAAAGAAUAAGGAUAUUUACCAGAUAUAAUCUAUUUCAAAUAAGAUUUAAUUAAUAAGCACAUUCCUAAAAUUUAAGUAGCUGAAACACUUCUUGAUUAUAAUGGAUCAAUUUAAACUAAAAUGAGAUAAGUGAAUGAUCAAUUAAUUAAUUAUCUGUAAACUUAUACAGAAAUAAAUUCUUUCCUUUAAGAUGAAUUAGAAAAAAUAAAUAUUUAGAUUAUAGACUAGAUAUUUUAAAAAGUGAAUAUAUAAUUUUUAGAGAAAUACAUCUUAAUAUAUCCUAACUUAAAAUAUGGAAGAAUUUCUUAUGAAGAAUUUCGUAUGCAACUUUAAUCAAUUUUAUAAUAGAAUUAGGGUUGUCAAAAGGUGGAAUCCUAAAAAUAGUAAACAAUUAAUCAAUUUCCAUAAUAAAAAUAAUUCGAAUAAGUUUAGUAAAGUUAAAUAAUUAAAAAUGAUGAACAAAAAGAAAUUGAAAAUUUAAAAAGUCAUUUAAAGUUAGCAUAAUUAGAAUGUGAUAAACUUCGUACUAUCAUUUAAUAAAAGGAUAAAGAAAUAUAAGAGAUAUAAUUUGAACUUAAUAAAUAUAAAGUUGAGACAGAAGAUCUCAAAAUUAAAAGUUCAAAUGAUUCAUUAAAUUAUGAACGCUUAUUGAAGGGAUUUUAACAAUAGAUCGAUAAUUAUAAGCAGUUAUUUGAAUUUUCUUUAAAAAACUCAAAUUAAGAGUAAUUGGAAUUAAUUACUUAACAUUAAUAGGAAUAAAAAUAAAAUUAAUAAAAGGAAAUAGUGAAUUUUAAUGUUGAAAGAAAUUCUCUAUUAUAGCAAUAAAAAAUAUAAUAAUAAAAAAGUGAUACUAAUAUUAUUGAAUAUGAAUUUAUGACUCUGAAGAAGAAGUAUGAUGAUUUAUAUAAUAAGUAUAUUAUUUUGAAAGAAGAGAAUAUUAAAUUCAAUUAAAUACAUUAAUAGUAUGAAGAUUAAAUAGAAAAUUAAAAUAAAAUAAAUUAAAGUCCUUCUAAAUUACAAGUUUAAUCCAAUAACAAUUAAAUUUAAUCGAUAAUAGAUUCUAAUAUGAAUGAUGUUUCAAAAUUAAUACAUCCUCAUAAAAAUGUUUCUGAUUAAUAUAGGUUAAAUAGAAAAAAGUAGUUUAAAGGAAAAUUGAUUAAUAGAUAUGAAUUAGGGUUAUAAUUGGAUUAAAUUAAUCUCCACAAUUUUAAGAAAGCUAGCUUAAAUAAAUUAGAUACACUAUACUAAACAAAUUAAAUUGAAAUUAAAUCUAGAUAAUAACUAAUCUAUGAUUAAAAUAAAUAAGAAUUUGUUUCCACAACUAUCAGCAUAACAAAUAAGGGAUUAUAAGUUAUUUAAUUUGAAAUUAUAGAAAAUAAUUAAAAUAUAUAGGUUAAUAAAGAAACUAAAAGCACUUUGAUUUAAUCACAACAGACUAUCAUUUAUGAAUUCAUAAGAGAACCAAAUGUUAUGCUUCAUAAAUUAACAUAAAUAAACAUUUCUGUUAAGUAAUACUUAAAUAUUAUAUUAGUUUUGAUAAUUCUAUACUUUAUCUUCCAAGUAUUUUAAUAAAUUGUAUCAAAUUUUAUCCAAUUGAAGCUAUUACUUUCAAAUAAAUAAAAAAAUAUUUUUAAGGUUAAAUUUUAGCAACUUAAUUGCUACCAAUAGGUUGUAAAGCAGAAUUAAUAUAAUUAAGUGAAUAAGGACAACUUUUGAAUUAAAUGAAAUUAAAAAAUAAAGAUUCAAUAAUUGAAAGUAAAUAUGGAUUUAAAGCUGUCUUAUAAAAUUAAUAAAAAUUUUAUUUAGAAUUAAUUAUGACACCUUGUGAUGAAUUUCUAUUUAGAGGAUUCACACCCUUUGAUGAAGAAAAAUUGCAAUUCAUUUUAAAUGGUUUAUCAAAUUUAUAUAGUUGA